AUGACAGUCCGCUUCACUCAACGGCCCAUCAAUCUGUCCCGGGGCUGGCCGCAUCCCUCGCUACACCCCACGGCAGCCCUGUCAGAAGCAUCCAAGGCCGUCCUGCACUCGCCGGCACUUUCGGAGCCCGCCCUAGGCUACGGCCCGGAUGAAGGAGACCCCUCGCUGCGUGCCGAGAUAGCAAGAUGGCUGACGGCCUUCUACCAGCCACGGGAAGCCGUGGAUGCUGGUCGGAUAGUGAUAUCUGGCGGCGCCAGUCAGAACUUGGCCUGCGUGCUGCAGGUGUUUUCCGACCCAGUGUAUACGCGGAACGUAUGGCUGGUGUCGCCGACGUAUUAUCUUGCGUGUGGCAUGUUCGAUGAUGCUGGGUUCGGAGACAAGCUGAGAGCCGUCAGGGAGGAUGCCGAGGGUAUUGACGUUGACUUUCUCGAGAGGGAGCUGAAGAAGAGCGAGGAACGGGCAGUGGCAGACGGGAAUCUGGAGCCGAAAUUGAAGCCCCCACGCCCAUGGAGGAAGAUAUAUAAGCAUAUUAUCUAUGCAGUCCCUACCUUCGCCAAUCCGUCAUCUAGAAUCAUGUCCGUCCGCCGACGUACGCAGCUUGUCCGUCUCGCUCGACAGUAUGACGCACUCGUGGUGACGGACGACGUCUACGACUUUCUACAGUGGCACAUCGAUUCGUCAUGCACGCAACCACAGCUUACGACUGCCGUUGCACCACGUCUGGUUGACAUCGAUCGUUUCCUGGACGGCGGGCCAAGGGACGAGUUCGGACAUUGUAUGAGUAACGGGAGCUUUAGCAAACUUCUCGGCCCUGGAUGUCGAGUUGGAUGGGUUGAAGGGACAGAGAAGUUUGUAUACGGCGUUGGACAGACAGGCUCGACACGCUCUGGCGGCGCUCCCUCACAGUUGACGUCUACCUUCAUCUGCCAGCUCCUCUCCUCCGGCUUCAUCCAGUCGUAUAUCCCAGAGGUGCUUUGUCCAGCAUACUCGAAACGGUACCACAUCCUGCGCGCCGCAAUCGAAAAGCAUCUCCACCCCGUUGGUAUGACCUUCACCAAACCCCUUGCUCCAUCACCACCAUCUGGUAGCAGCGACAAGAUAAAGCCUAGUGAGAUUUCAGGCGGUUACUUCUUCUGGCUCCGCCUUCCUCCAGGCAUCUCAGCAAAUCGUGUGACCAGGAUUGCUGCAGAGGAGCUGAAUCUACGGAUUGCCGCUGGAGAAGGAAGCAAGGUCACUGGUAAAGGCGCAAAGCCAGACUAUGACCAUGCAGACGCCGACGGGCCGCUGGACGACUUUGUGCGUAUCUGUCUGGCGUACGUGGACGAAGAUAUGCUGGAGGAAGGAGUCCAGCGCCUUGCACAGGCUGUUGAAAAGGCAAAGCAGGACACAAGAUGUUAG